AAAAGCAUUAUAUAUAUUUAUAUCCCUUCUUUACAUACCUUUUUUUUUUAAAAUAAAUAAAAAAAAAAAAAGGUCUAAUACAAAAAAGAAAGCUACACACACGGGGGGCACGUUUUUAGUUACCGCCUUGCACAUAGUUUGGAGGGGUUUUUGUGUUCGUCAUUGCACUUUUCAACAAAUGGCAUUAUUCGUUCCAGUUAUUAUCGGCUUACCCAUUGGGUAUUUUACAUGGGCCAAAGUGUUUGAUACGGCAGACAGACAAAUUUCUCAAGUACUAAAGAAGCAAGAAGAACCAAAUUCGACCAUAGCGGCGACAGUGGGUACAAUAGGUACGGUGGGUGUUUUAAGCAAGUUAUCGUUCCCAGCGCAUACAAGACAUCGAUUGUUUUUCGCCAAUGCGCCAGCCAAUUCCAAUAUCCGUGUAGAGACGUUAAAACUAGGUAUCGAAUUACUUGUUCGCACAGGCAUAGUGUUCUAUGGAGGAGCAGUGGGAGGAGCCAUUGCAGGAAGGGUCUUUUAAAAGACCGCUUAAUUCUGGGCGAAAUAGGACAAAUAGUGGGGUAAAAGGGAAGGCAAAGAACCUCCCCCUUUUUCCCUUAUAUCGUGUAUGUAAAAAAUCAAUAAAUUAAAAAAUAAGCAGUUACGCAUUUUCAAACAUGGAUGUAAAUAACGGGUUGUAAAAUAAAAAUGCUUUUUGCGAUGGAUGGAUGCGUAACUUGCGAGGGGGUGUGAAAAAAGUUUACCCUACAAAAAAAAAAAAAAAAAAAAAAA